ACCACAAUCACAACCACAAUCACAACCACAAUCACAAUCACAACCACAUCCACAACCACAUCCACAACCACAUCCACAAAUGCGACAACCAGAAUCAGAUCCAGUAGAACCAGAACACUCUCUGUCGUUUGAAGAAAAUGAGACAUCUCAGGCCGUGUGGUCUCCUGCCAAAUCGGAUAUAGAUUCUAUUGGUAGAAGUCCCGUCCAGUCACCCAUUGCUCCUCUGAAUGUAUCUUCUACUCAGAAUGGUAAUGACCAGAAGAAGAGAAGAAUUUCACCUCCAGUAAAUGAUAUUGUAGUUGCUAGUCAGAGUGGUGCAACAAGUACUGAAAGUACUCAGGCAGUUAGAGCUCCUCACCCCAGAGUUCUCCGUCUGCGUUUAACCAAUUCAAGUAGUCCUGGAUCAUUUGUAAGUCGCCCUAAGGGAGAGUACUUGGUAGAACCGGAUCUCCAUAUGAGUGAUGAUGAUCAUGACUCUUACGAAGUAGAAGUCGAGCAUGAACUGAAUCCCGACCAGCCUAUAGCCACUUCUACCCAGUCCAAUGGAGUUAAUGUAGAAGUAGAAGCAGAAGCAGAAGCAGAAGUAGAAGCUGUAGCAGAAGCAGAAGUGGAAGUGGAACAGACCAGUGUUUAUGAUACUCUUCAGGGUAGCAUGCAAGCCUAUGCUCAUACAUUAGUGGGUAAGUUGAGGGGAUUAGAGAGUUCUAUAGAGCAGAAGCGAAGCGAAUUACAGCGAGAUUUGGAUGAACAGUUCAAAGCAAUUCAGCAGAAACAUCAAGAGAAUCUCGUUAAUUUGAAUCAGUACUACAAACUGGAGAUAGAUAAGAUCUUUCGAGGAGGAGUAUUGGAUCUGUAGAGUCUGUAUAGCUUAGUUAGUUGUAAUAAUAAAGAAAGAGUAGAGCAAACUAAUGAUAGAGUACUUUUAUCUGCUAACUGCCGCAGUAGAAUAACUGUUUUUGCAGCCAUUUAGAC